GCUGCUAUUAUGCAUACAUUGUAUCCAGAAUAACGUUUCCCUAGCAGGAAGGAUACAUUUGUAUCUACAGAUACAGAUCGGAGCACAGGACCCGGGGGCGACCUCGCCAUCAUGAUAUUGAAAUAUCUGGAAGUACUACGUACCCUACAAUUACUAUUAUCAGUGCAGAUUGUUUGCCAGGCCGUGGAUCUCACCAUGAUGAGCAACGCCUUCGAUGAUCAGUACCUCGGCUGUGCGCGGCAGAUGGAGCGGGAAAUGGCGAAGGUUCUGGAGCAGGAGAAGAAAUACAAGCCGUUGGCCAUAAUGUGGUACUUGGCAGAGCAGAGGUGGGCGAUCGUAAAACAAUCCAACGUUUUCCCACCCGACUUCAAGGACGAGUAUGGGAUAUCACUCAUCGUGUACACCAGGGAGAGCCCCUUCCCCAUCUACCAACAGCUGAACCGCAACGUGUCCAUCGCAGGCCGAUCGCGGCAGCACUACAUGGACCGAUUCCAUUUCAAGGCCAUUCAUUUCUACCUCACCAGGGCGCUGCAAGUGCUCGGAGGCGGCUGUGAUGAUGGCUCGCAGGCCUACCGGGGAUCUUGGAUGAAGUACAAGAACGUGUCAUUGGAACUGCGGUUCGGGCAAUUCGCAUCGUCAUCUCUGAACCGAAAGACCGCCCAGAGGUUUGGUGUCAACACCAUGUUCACCAUAUUCACCUGUUUUGGGGUAAAAGUAGAGGCGUUCUCUGACUUUAUGGAAGAGGAGGUUCUGAUUCCGGUGGCGGAGACGUUCCACGCUAUAAAAAACUCAGAAACGCUGUAUGUCCUGAGAAGCAGCGGGCAGCAGUGCAGCUACUACAACUGUGCGUACCUAGGAGGUGAAAAAAGAAAAAAGCCGAUUUGUAACUCAGCUGCGGGACUCUUGUACACUGACCACAGAAUUCUGCCAAUCCUUCCGGCACUGACCCUGGCCCUGAGCAUCCUAUUGGUCAGUUCCUCCUGAGGUCACGAGACAAUAUGGAAUCCCACCAUGGGACCAACUAUGCCCACCAUAUACAGGGCCCGGCACCAGGCUCUGCUGUUAAAUUACUUGUGUUACCUACUGGGUUGUUUUUUUAUAUAUAUAUGACUAAUGUUGGGGCUUAUUUACAUCAGGACCAGGGGCGACCCG